UGUACUGGAAACAGUACACAAGGCACCGCCCACUUAGCUUACUAGCUCUUCUGUCAACACUACAAACACCAAACCACAGCACACACAGCUAGCUAAGUUAGCUAACAAGUUCGCGUGUGUGAGUGUGUGUCCUCCAGCCUGUGAUGGCAGCAGUUGGAACCCCGGCGCCAAAGGUCACUGACUGUGUGACCAAGGUGGCGCUGAGCAUCUCCUGUGAGAAGCUGCUCGACAUGGAUGCAUUCUCAAAGUCUGACCCUCAGUGUGUGCUCCUCAUGAACAGCUCAGGGCCUCACUGGUGUGAGAUUGGCCGGACAGAGAAAAUCGAGAACUGCCUUAAUCCCAAGUUUUCCAAGACUUUUGUCGUUGACUACUACUUUGAGAUGGUGCAGAAGCUGAGGUUUGAAAUAUAUGAUAUUGACACCGUCAACUGCAGUCUGCAAGAUGCUGACUUCCUGGGAGAACUGGAGUGUACCUUGGGACAGGUUGUGUCCUCAAGGAAACUCACAAGACCACUUGUCAUGAAGGACAAGAAACCUGCAGGGAAAGGUACCAUCACUAUAUGUGCCGAAGAAAGAACAGACAACAGAGUGGUGGAUUUUGAAGUUGCAGGUAGAAAACUGGAUAAAAAGGAUUUCUUUGGCAAGUCCGACCCGUUCCUGGAAUUUUACAAGCCGACAGAAACUGGAUGGCAGCUUGCUCACAGGACAGAGGUGAUCAAAAAUACCCUUAACCCAGUAUGGAGACCAUUCCGAAUCCCACUGCAGUCACUCUGCGGAGGUGACGUGGAGAAAUCGAUAAAGGUGGAGUGUUAUGACUACAACAGCAGCGGAUCGCACGACUUUAUUGGAUCCUUUGAGACCACACUCUCCCAAAUACAGCAGGCAACACAAACAUAUGCGGCCGAGUUUGAAUGCACCAAUAGUAAGAAGAAACAGAAGAAGAAAGGAUACAAAAACUCUGGUAUUAUCGUUGUAAAAAAAUGCAAGAUAGUGAAGGAAUAUACCUUUCUGGAUUACAUAAUGGGCGGCUGUCAGAUUAACUUCACUAUUGCUAUUGAUUUCACAGGCUCCAACGGGGAUCCCAGCUCCCCUCAGUCCCUCCAUUACAUCAACCCUCAGGGCUAUAAUGAAUACCUGGCAGCUAUCUGGGCAGUGGGCAAUGUCAUCCAGGACUACGACAGUGACAAGAUGUUCCCUGCUUUUGGAUUCGGAGCACAGCUCCCUCCUUCAUGGCAGGUCUCCCACGAGUUUCCCAUCAACUUCAACCCAUCAAAUCCAUUUUGUGCAGGUAUAGAGGGUGUUGUCCAAGCCUACCAGCAGUGCCUGCCCCAGGUGAAGCUUUACGGUCCCACAAACUUUUCCCCAAUCAUCAACCACGUAGCCAAUUUUGGCCUGCAAGCCUUACAGCAGGAGACGGCCUCUCAAUACUUUGUUCUGCUGAUCAUCACUGACGGAGUGAUCACAGACAUGGAUCAGACGCGCAGUGCCAUCGUCAACGCCUCUCGUCUGCCCAUGUCCAUCAUCAUUGUUGGAGUAGGGGGGGCGGACUUCAGUGCCAUGGAGUUCCUGGAUGGAGACAAUGGAAUUUUACGCUCUGCUGUAGGCGAGGCUGCCCUGCGGGACAUUGUGCAGUUCGUGCCAUUCAGGCAGUUCCAGAAUGCAGGCAUUGCAGCCCUUGCCCAAAGUGUACUGGCAGAGUUGCCUGACCAAGUGGCCUCCUUCUUCAAUUUAUUUGACCUGAAGCCCCCCAGAGAACCCACUCCUUCCUAGAAAUUGUCCUCAAGAAAUGCUUGCUCAGAGUGUCUUGGCAGAAGUCCCAGGUCAGGUGGUGAGCUUCUUCAAUACCAUGAGUUUAAGGCCACCUCACAGCGACACACCUCUCCCUGACCUCUCAGCAUCUGCCCCUUCCAGUGAUGUAUCCUGAGGACCAACGAUUCUCCUCAGAAUACUGCAUGAGCAUGCAACAUCUAGUCUGGCAGCCAUGCUACAAUUUAUAUAUACUAUGUGCCAAUAGUAUAAAGCCAUAGGAUACUGAUAUUGUCAAACAUGUCCUAACAUGUAGAUAGUUAAUGUGACACCAACAAAUGACUUUAUGUGACUCAAGUGCCAGGAUUAUUAAGACUUUAGGUAAUUGAACUGUACAGUUUGAUUGAACUGCACAGUCUCCAAGGCAUUAAUUGAAACUAGCGUGGUUUGACUCAAGGUCUUUGGUUUUUGUGGAAAAAUUGCAGCAGCUAAUAACAUCUGUCUCAUUAGUCAGAAUGUCUACAUGAAAGGCAUGGUUCUGCUAAUAUUGGUAUUUCCAUCAUAUUACAAUGACCACUUGUUUGUUGGUCCCUGGGAAAUGAAGCUGUAUACAUUUCCAUUGAAGUCAUAGACAUUGGACAAAGCAAUGACUAUAUCAAAUACAAUUCACUAAUGUUUACAUAAUGGAUUAAUAAGUUUGCCUAAAUGCCUUUUGUAGAUUUGACACUAAAAAGCUGUACACUGUGUCCCUGCUGUGGUUUUGUACUUUAGUCAGUUUCUUAAAAAAAAAAUGUAUUCAGUUCCAUAUUGUUUACUAAGAGUUGAAUACGUAUAAUAUUUGAGACAAUAUUCAAUCAGGUUUCCAUGAACGUCAUAGUACUGAAUAUUCUCUAAUCAAAGGAACAAUUGACCCUUUACUUAAAGCUAAUGCUGGGGAUUGUUCAUUUUGACUUCUUCUGGAUCUGAGCUCUGCAUUUGACACUGGGGAUCACUCAGUAUUGGAUCGCCUUGAGGCAUACUACAUUAAAAUGUGUUAAAUUUGACUUAUCAAACACGUGUUUCUGACUAGCAAUGGACAAUGCCUCCUCAUCGCUGGCCUCUUCGACCUGUGGUGUUCCCCAAGGCUCCAUCCUAGGACAUAUCAUAAACAAACACGAAUUCCAGUACCAUUGUUAUGCAGAUGACACAAGAUGGUAAAUGUAUGUCCCAAUAAAAACUGGGGGGAAAAACUGUCAGAUAUAAAGUGCUGGAUGUCCCAAAUUGGAAAUAAUACUCUUCCUUCUGUCCCCCAAAGUACAACCCUAUUUUACAAAACCAUCUUGGAUUCUUGUCUUAAAAUUUCAAAACCUACAGCCAGAAACCUGGGUAUGGUAUUUGACAGCGACCUUUCUUUUGAGAAACAUGUUUCCAUCAACUAAGGAGCAUCUCAAAGAUUAGAUCAGCCUGUUAUCAGCCUGAUCUCAUGAAGCUAUGCUUUUAUUUCUUCUCUGCUAAAUUAUUGUAACUCAUUGUAUUAAGGUUUGAGCAAAAAAGCCAUCAGCUUGCAUUUCUGGCCUCUCUGGGACUUGUAAAUAAGUGCUGCUGACCACAAAGUGCAACUGGUACAAAAUGCAGCUGCCCAGCAUGAUCCUAUCAGCCCUUGUUCCUGCCUGAGGGUCUGAGACUUGCAGAAUCAGUAGCAUCUAUUAAAUCACUUUUUUUUUAAUUAUAAAAAAAAACUUUUACUAAUUGAAUCACAGUUUAAUUUUUUAACUUGUAUUAUUUGUUUAUUACUGUUAUUGUAUUUGUCUUAUAUUAUCAUUGGAUAUGGAUAUGGUAUUCUUUCUUGUUUUUAUUCUUUUCUUUUUGCAAUUUUUGUAUUACUUAAAAUGUCUGGUUUUAUUUGCCUACGUCCUGAACUGUUUUAAACCUGGUUCAACCAUUUACUACUUUAACCACUUUGGAACAUUGUUUUGAAAAGUGCUUUAUAAAUAAAGUUUAUUGUUAUAUUGUUGAUUUGAUAUACUAUUUGGUGCUAUAAAUGUUAAACAAGGAGAAUCCCUGGAAGCGAUUAUCAUCAGUAAGCUUAAUUUUUUUAAAUGCAUGUUUACAACGAUGUACACUAGAAGUUCACUUCUAGUGUAAGAAGUCUUAAGAGCAGGUUGUAAAAAUAUACUGACUGUUAUGGAAAUGGCCUAAUACAUUUUUCAAAGUGUACAUAUAAUUGUUGUUUAAAUAAGUUGUUUUCAUCACUGUGGCAUUGCUUUAUGUUUUGUACAUGUUUUGGUCAUGGACUUUGAUUUUAUUCAUAUUUUAAUUUUAUUGUAAAUAUGAUAUGCAA